UAUGUUAGCUGUUAUUUUCCUGAAAUUUGGGGGCCAAAGUUAAAUGCGUGGAAAAUUUGCUUAGAGCAACUGAACAUCUUGUUGUGAUCCCUCCAAAGCUGACUUGGAAAUAAAUCACCUAUUGCUAAAUUAUUGUUAGGAAAAUGCUGACUUUUAAAUAUGUUUAUCUACUUUUGCUUACACUUCAGCCACUUCAUCUGUAUACUUGGAGGAAAGUCAACAAUGGCAUCUCCAAGGAAGAUAACUGAGAAGCGGCAUAACCCAGUGGAAAGCAUUUGUAGAAAGAUCAGAGCCAUCCACAAGAGAGAAGCAACUUCAAAUCCAGUUCAGCAGAUUAUCAAAUACCAGUCUAGCAGUUUUGAUAGCCCACAGACCAACACCAAGAAGGAUUUUGAAGAGGUACUGAGGAAAAUGACUGCUGCUUGUGUUCCUACGCCUGACUCUCAUUGGUCAAGUUCUGAGGAAGUGGAUGCCUUCAUUUCAUCGCCUCAAAUAAUAUCCCCAAGAACCCCAUCCAUCUCUCACCUCAGCUCCCCUGACACUGCAACAUACUCUGUUAUUCUCACAAGUUCUGAAAAUGUCUUAAAGCUGAAGUCACAGAGCAACAAGAAUGAUACAUCUUUGAUGUCACAGAUCAGAAAAGCAGAGUGUUUCUCUAACAAGGAUUUGAAUAACUAUUGUAGUGAAAAUAAUUUUAGUACCUUAACACCUGACUUUGAUUCCACUUUUGGUCAAAGUUUGAAGGGUUUUGAUCCUCAGGAUUCAGUGGUAAAAAAAUUAUCUCUGAAUGGACAUGGAUGGAAACAAGAAGCUGAUGAUGGUAAAGAAGAUGUAACAUACAGCAUCAACAGGGCCUGUGAAGAAGAGGCACUCACCAAUAUUUUUAAUGCAUGUGACAUAAAACAGAAAGGCUCAGUAGGAGUGGCCAAAAUAAUUGAUUUCCUGAGACAGACAACUAGCCAAAAUUCUGAAGACAGUGGCCUUGAGCAGUUGUGGAACAUGCUUGAUCCUGAGAAGAGAGACCCACAUGUGGACCUGGAAACUUUCCAGGCCAUGAUGAAAGAAUCGAUGGCUUACUGUGGAAACAAAUGGGAAGGAGUGAAUCAUAGAUUAAGCAGCAUCAUUGAUGAUUCUGUUUUUGAACAGGAUGGCAUAAAAUCAGAUGGAACAAUGAAGAUGAGCACAGAUACAACAGAUUCUACGUCGGGGAGCUUCGAGGCUUUGGGAGGAGACACAUCUAAAGGAGUCUUAGAGGUGUCUGAUUUGAUUGCCUACGUAGCAGACCUUCAUUUCAACAAACAAAAACUUGAAGAAGAAAAUAAUAAGUUGAAGUUGGCUUUAGAAAACCUGGAAGAAACUAACAGCCAGUUAUCAGAGGACUGUACCGAAUUGCGCCUUCAGGUAAAAAGUGCCCACCAAGCUAUUAUGAGAACAAAUCUGUUAAAAGAAGAACUGGAGGAACUGAAACUUAGUAUGAAUGCUUCAGAAGAGCAGAAGAGCAUGAUUGUAGCCCAGAGCAAACAAUUAGAGACAGAAAACCGGGCUCUGAUUCUUAAGAUUCGGAUUCUACAGGAAGAGAAUAUCAAGAACAUCAUGGAUAUAGACAGACUGGAAAAGAAGAUUGAAGACUUGUCUAAAACUGAGACAGAGCACCAAAUGCAGUUACACACAUAUGAGAACACUUUGCUUAAUAAAGAUACAAGUUUGCAGAAGAAAGGCUUAUAUAUAGAAGAACUUAAAUCAACCAUCAUAGAAUAUGGAAGCAUUAUAGAGAAUUUACGAGGGGAUAAAAAUAAGCUGGCUCAUGAGUUACAGCACUUGCAACAGGAACUCAUCACAAAUGGGAUCCAGUUGAAUGUUAAUGGAGAGUGUAACAGUAUCAUCUCUGAAGGAGAAAAAUCUUUACUUUAUGAACUCACUCUUGCUCAGUCUGCAGAGAACACUGACACUGAAAGGCAGCGCAAUACAAUCAACUUGUCAUCUCUGGACGCCAUGAUGGAUCAAGAAAUGCUGCUGUUACUAAGAGAGCCUGAGCAAAAAGGAGUGGAAUUCACAGCCACUCUUCAAAAGCUGCACGAAGAAAUUUCUAAAAUUGCAACCCUCACUGAAAGCUGUCGACGGUGGGUAAAUAAUCCAGAAAUAACUGUGAAAGAAAAGUGGGAGGAGCAGCUUACUGAAUUCAACAAUAUCAUGGAAGAGAAGCUAGAUCUUUGCAUAUUAAUGCUGAACAUCUUGGGAAAUCACAAGGAGUCUCUUGAUCAAGAAUUUGCCAAAUUAAUAGAGAUUUUGAAGAGAUUCAGGCAGGAAUAUGUUUAUUUCAGAAAAGAAUUUCUUGCCAGUCAGAAACAACUAGAAGCCAUUAAACAACUGCAAGAAGAUGCUGUCAACCAGGAAGGCAUCCUUAGGAAGAGACUCCAAGAAGCCAGCCAAUGGCUGGAGGAUGCGAAGGAGCAGGUAGGGUGGCUCAUGGCUACAUUAGAUUCAGGGGACAUCUCCUUAGAUGCCCUGCAAACCAUGAAAUAAAAAUGGAGGAGGAACAACAACA